UGUUUUUUUUUUCGUUUCGCCGGGGACGUUUUUUAUGUUGGUGUGUCGAUUACGUUUUCGAUCUAAGGAACAACAAUGCUAUCGGCCACUCUGUUUUGAUUCCACACAUUUAUUCAGAUAUCUUUCUGUGUCGUCUUUAGUUUCAGAGUUGCCAUGUCGCAGUGUCUUCAUUUUAUUUCUGUUUCGGCAGCAUCUGUUGUUAAACGUCCCGACUCUGGACUCAUGCCUGAUUCCCAGCAUUGGAUGGAAUGAAUGAAGCGUCGUUGUCCAAGAAGUGGCAGCAGAUCGACUGGAUUACAAUGAUGCAGUUCUGGUUAUUGAUUUGGAAUCUCCAAGAGGACUGUAUUUAAUAUAUGUUUAGAAUUUGUUUGGUGACUUGUUGCUUUAAAAUAUAUACAGAAUAAGUUCUAUCAGUACUCUUAAAGUAUUAUAGCCACACAAAUUCAAGGAAAUCCCAACAAUGUUUCGACAAAACGCUACUGGAAAAUAAUAGACUCUACCCAGACUCUUCAUUGGAUUGAUUGACAGGGAGAAAAGCUGUUUAAAAUGAAUCAGCACAAUCAAUAUCCGCCUUGCUGGCCAUCAUCGUCAUCCGGCGGUGGAAGACCUUACUUUUCUAAUAAUAGAAAUUCCCAAAACUCUGGUAUGGCUUUUAAUUAUGCACAAAGGGGUGUUCGUUUUGGGGGAUCAAAUAAUUCGAUGGCGUUUGACAACAGUUUUUCCCAACACCCACAACAUUAUCAAGGCAACACCUUUAUGUCAAACCGGUUCCCGUCCUCAAACCAAAAUAUGCGCUUCCGUGCACAAAACAACACCAGCAACAAUCGGAAUUUCUCGCCUAGAUUUAAAUCAUCCCAAGCUCCUCUGUGGAAUCAUAGAAAGUUGCCGCGGAAUCCACCGGUUGGCACAGAUCCGAAACUAAAGACCUCACCAUAUCCACCAAAAACCAACAGCUAUCGGAAUUUCUCCCCCAAUGUUAGGUCUGUUAGAUCUCCACCAAGAAACCUAUCAAUAUUGACAUCAAAUUCCACAGUGCCGAAAGGUCCAAGGACGCCGCCAUAUCCUCCACCAGAUUCCCCAUCUAAUGAAGCUUCAUCGUCUCAUGCAGAAGGAUCGCCCAAAAAGCUUUUGCAUAAUCAGACGAACACUAUACCAAAUUCUCACAAUGUCAGGAAGAAUGUUAAGCAAAAGAAAAUCUCUGAAAAAAGCAAAUCCAGUACCACAAAAUCGAAAAAAUCCUCGCCAGAGAAAAAAUACAAGCCCAAGACACAACCAUCCCCUUUAAAUGCUGCAGUUCAGGAGUAUUUAUUGCAGGUUUUAACUGCUAAACCUCAAAGUGUUUCAACACAACUAGAUGUUCCAUCACAGUAUGCCUUGCCUUCGGCAGCUUUACUGAGUCAGCCACCACCUCCCCUAAAUACACCUCCGCCAUUGCCACCCACACCUGAGGCUCCACCGCUACCACCAUUACCAGCGGAAGAAGAAACGGAGAAAAUAGAUACUGUAGGAUCCUUAAUUGCCAAUGGUGACCAUUGUGAUGGAACAAAACCCACAUCUUUAGAGGGAGACAAUCAACCAAAAACGAGUGUGGACAAAUCCAAAAUAAGUCAAGAACCUACCGCGGCAACAGAAAAACUGUGUCCAGACAAGCAUAAAAAACCAAACACGAAUAUGGGUAAAACUAGUUUGGAUAAAUCUAAAAUAGAUAAAGACCCUGUCGCUGGGGCAAAAGAACUGCCUCAAGAGGUAGAAAACCAAGGAAAAAUGAGUGUGGACAAAACCAAAGUAAACAAUAGUCAUUGCGAUUCCACAAAAGCAGCAAUUUUGCAGGAAGUCAAUCAACCAAAAUCAAGUCAGGAGGUGGCCAAAGUUGCCGUUACUAAAAUAAAACUAAAAAACAAAAGAAGAAAACUUGCCUUGUCCAAAAAUGCCAAAAACGAUUGGAAUUUUGAAGAUGCCCAAUUGGCGCUCAAGACAGAAGAAGAAUUGUCCAAAGAUUACAGCAAAGAAACAGUAUUGCAUUUACGUUUUCCCGAUCCUCCACUUAAUCGUGAAAUAGUUCAAAACUAUAGCGACGCCAUAGAUUCGGUACAUUUUCAUCAAAAUUCAGCGCCGCGCUAUUGUUUUGUUUACCUCAAGGAAGGUGUUGAUGUCCAGGAAGUUAUGAAUACAAUUUCCAAAAUUCCAUUUGGUAAUGGCUUUGUUUCUGCUGAGAUACGCAAGAUAAUAAAACCGAAUGACCACGAAAACAAAAAAAUUAUAGACAACAUUGAUCCAUACACAUUGUAUGUGGGUAAUUUGUCGCCAACAGUGAUGUGCAAAGUUUUAAAGGAAAAAUUUCCCGGUUCAGCACGUAUAGACAUUGGAUACGCUCAACGUUUGAAAAGUACCCGUUAUGCCUUUAUACGUUAUCAUAAUGUUGCCGAUGCCAUAGCUGCCUAUCGAAACAUGGUAAAUACUGAGAUUGAGGGUCGUUCCUUGAUCAUACGUUUUCGCCGUUUCGAUUCAGUUUCAAAAGAAGAUAUUUUGGAUAAUACUUUGCAUGAGGAUGAAACCAAUGCUGAUGCUUUUAGUACGAUAAGUGAUGGUUCGUUACACUCCGUAAUAUCUGGAACUGUAAUAGCUAAUGUGAAUAAUGAGCCAAUAGAAAAGGAAUUAACUACAACAAGAGAAGGAGAAAGUAUCUCACAAUUAUCGCAGCUAAACAAUGAUGAUGUUGCAUUACCCAAGAGUGUAGUUGAUCAAAAGGAAACGGAACAAAGUGAGGCUAUUGAAAGUGAAAUGAGCAUCACAUCAACGAUUAUUAAAGUUGCUCAAGAAAAAGAAAAUCAAAGCUCGGAAGAUUUUCAAUCAAAUUCUACAGCACCAAGAAAUGAAUUUAUUCCGGAAAGAGAGGAAGAUAUUCAAUCAAAUUCUACGUCACCAAGAAAUGAAUUUAUUCCGGAAAGAGAGGAGGAUAUCUCUUUGUUAAAUAACAAUGAAAUGAAUAAUUCUGUCAAUUUUAGAGCCGAUGAAGAUCCAUAUUUAAAUCCACAAUUAAAUAACAAAACGAUAGACAUUGUAAAAGAAAAUACAACAGAAUCAUCGACAAGUUUAGAUGCUCAUUUAAAUACAUGUACAAUUGCUUAUCAAACAACAACUUCUUCCGAACCCAGUGAAGAUCAGGCCUCAACAGAAUAUUUAAAUACUAACCAUGAUGUUGACAAAGUAUUCAAUGCGGGUCAAAUAAAUAAAUCUACAUCACUAAUUGAAAACACAAGAGACACUGAUUUAAAUGCACAAUUAAAUUGUUCAAAAACAGAUUUUGCUGUGAAACAGCAAAAUGAAUCCACAACAGUUUCGGAGAAUGAAACAUUAGAUCAACAUCAAACAUCCAAUGCAAAGAUUUUGGAUUCUAAUGAUUCUUUGAAUGUAGAAGAAAAUGUUGAUGAUGUGACUGAUAAGGAAUUAAAAGAACCCGAUUCGAUUGAAGUAUCCAAGCAAAUUGAAAGCAGAUGUGAAACUGAUGCCAGCCCAUGUUCUGAUAGUUCUCAAACACUAGAAAGUCUUGGGGGAAAUCAAUUAGAUUCCACACAGAUUACAGAGAAUGAUUUAAAUAUCUGUUCCCCUACUUCCCGAACAUUAACAUCCGAAAAUACAGAUUCUGUUGUUCAACCAACAUUGAAAAAUGAUAAUAUAGUUGAUGAUCAAGUCGCUGAUAUGGAAUUAAGCAAACAAACUGCGGCUAGUGUAGUUCAGCCCAUUAAAAAUCACACUGUUGAUUACGCACCGUUCACAGAGAAUCAAAACGAAACAAACAAUUCGGGAAGUAAUUUAAAUAUUGAAUGUGAAGGCGAAAAAGAAUGCUCUUCGAUUGAAAACAAUAUCUCGUUGGACAUUGAUAUGGAAAGGGAUGAAAAUCGCAAAGAGUCCGGUACUGAGCCAGGUAGUGGUUGUUCCACAAACUUUGGCAGUGAUAUAGAUAAUGAAGCAAGGAGCGGCGAAUGCAUAACAAAUAAUAAAAAUUGUGCGAAUAAAGAAACGGAACAGCUGCAAAAUCUCCAUCAGGAUAAUAUAAAUCAAACUAUGGUCCCCAAUAUUGAAAUGGAAAAUAUUAAAUCGGAACACAAUGCCGAGGAUGAUAUGGUGGCAAACAAUGUGGAAACACUUGAAGCAAAUUGCAAUCUUCGUAUAAAAGAGGAACCAUCUAGAUUUGAUGAAGAUUAUGAAUUCUAUUCGGUGUGUGGAAGUAGUCACAAUGAGAAAUCAUCAACUCAUAUUAACUCUGCAAAUGAGGACAUAAAUUCAAUAGCCUCAGAGAAUAGUAAUUCCAGCUGUGAUUUGAAUUAUUUCCUACGCUUAUGUGAAAGUAGUCAUGAUAGUGGCGAUGAAGGUAGUGAUCGACAUCCGCCACCUACAAAGAAAUUGAGAAUUGUAGAAAAUAAACAAUUAGCAAAAUCAAUGUCUAAGGAAAAAGAAACUCCCAACGAAGUUAAGUUGGAGAAAAAUGCAGAUGAAGAUCUAACGUUAGUUGGAACUUUAAGGACACAAAGUGACUCAACAAAAUCUAGGGGAAAUUUUAUUUCAAAUAUUCAACAAGACACUGAAACCCAGAUCAAACAAGAAUGCUUAGAAGAUGCAAUUGACAAUGAUAUCCUGACAAUAGAUUCUGAUGAUGCAUUUUUAUCUGCCAUAAAUAUUAAGUCGGAGGAUGAAGAGUCAGUAAUUAAUAAUUCCCAAUCGAUGAAACCAAAAAGCAAUAGCAAUCACUCUGAAAAUAACGAGGAUGAUGACGAUGAUAUUGUGCCACCAAAUGCAUUUUCAGUUCCUAGUACACCUUUGCAGAGUAAUGUUUUACUGAAUCCCUUACAAAUUAAAGAAGAAUGGGAUGUUGAUGCCGGAGCUAGGCAGAAAGAUUCCAAAAUGCUCACAAGGUCUAACAAAGUGGAUAAAAAAGAGCUGAAAUCAAACAUCUUAAAGGAUAAGGCAAAUAGUAAUAAAUCAACAACAUUCAGCAGAGGGACUCAAUCUAAAAAAGAAAGCAAAACACCACAAAGGAAUACGCGAGUGGAAAGACCUGUGGAAGAUGAUGAUCUAGUACCUGCCGACAAUGCCUUAAAUUCCCGUUCCAAAUCAUUGGGUUUUUGCGAUUUGACAUGGGAUGAUGAUGACGACAAAACAACGGUAGUUGUUAUAAAAACUGAACGUGAAACAGAAGAUCUCUUUCUUUUACCUACGACAGCUAUUAAGAAGAAAAGUAAUGAAAGUAGGGAAAAGCCCACAGAAACCAUAUCAAGAAAGGAGACAAAUAUUAAAAAGCCAACACAUCGGAGCAAAGGGAUUCAUAAAAAUAGCUGUACAACGCAAAGGAAUAUUGACCAAGGAAGGAAAUCUACAAAAGCUACUAUUUCCAAUGAUAUUAUAGAUUGUACAGAUGAUGGAAGCGAUGACGAUGAUGAUGUCAUCAUUGUUUCUUGUGACAAUGGAAAAGCGGCAAAAACAACAUCCUUUCCUAAACCCAUGCCAUGUUCUCAAACCUUAGUUGGUGAAGUCAAACGUGAAACGUCAACACCAGACUUAAGGACAACAAAAAAGAAUUCAUUUUUCGGCGAAUCUAAAAAGUCGAACAGCCAUGGUGAUAAUCUUGAUCGUCUGUUUAAGUUACUCGACUCAGAUUCUGAUGAAGAGUUAUGAUAUGAUCAGGAACAUUUUCAUUUUUUUUACCAAAGUUUAGACUCAGAUUUAAAGUGUUUUUUAUUCAUUAUAAUUGAUUCGAAUAUCAUGUAAGCACGUUUUAAGCCAUAUUUUUUAUUAUUGUACAAAGAAACUAGAAGUUUUAGGACUGAAAAUAAAAACAUAUUAAUAUCUAUUUCAAAUAUGUGCCGUCUGUGUGUAUCUCAUUCUUUUUAUAAGGUUUGAUUUUGAUUUUCGUUAUCUUAUUAAAUUCUUUGUCUAUGUAUAUAUUAUUUAAUAUAUUUGUCUAGCUUUGAUAUAUCUAGCUUUAGCAUGGUAUUUAAGUUUUAAACUGUCUCGGUUUUAAAUAGGCGUUAAGAAUUCUAUACUACUGUUCGAAUAGAUUAUGACAAAUUCUGAUAUAAAAAAUAAUAUAAAAAAACUGCAACAAAGUUAGGGGUAUUUCCACUAAACGUGCAUAGUAGUGUAGAGUAUGAUAAAGUCGGCCCGCACGACUUUUGACCUUUUGUUUUGGUUUUUUAAGAUAUAAUAAAAAGCCUAAUUUAUGUAAUUGUAAAUACAAAUAAAAAAUCUUUCACAAAUACCUAUAUUUCCCAAAA